GAGAGAGAGAGAGUCGAAGUUGGGUGACGUCUGAACAAAACUACGCGGCUGCCGGAUUAGACUACAGCCAGGGCCCAAAACUCUGUUUCUUUUCUCUCUUGCUUGCAGCCGCGCAAAACGCAAACGCAACACUUCUGGAAAGCUUGUUCAACGCUUCACCAUUCCACUCUUUAUUUCCCUUUUUAUUCCGAGUUUCGUUUCAUUCUUCUUCUCUUUUUCACACCCCUCCCAACUGACAGGUGCAACUCUCGUUCAUUCUUUGUACGACAUAAUACCACCUGCCGCCACACUCACGCUCUUUAAAAUCUCCGGUUCAUUCGCUAUAACCUCAAUUCACCCCUCCAACUUCAAUACAUAAUGGCCGUCGAACAGAAGCCUCAGGUAGAGUCUCGUCCGCCGUCCAGACUAAAGAUCGCCCUGGUGGUGCUUUUCCACUCGUCUUGCGCCAUCUGGAGCACCAUCCUUUCCAAGUCGGCCCUCAACGGCGUCGAGGCACCCGUCACCCUCCUCGCUCUCCAGACCACCAUCCAGGUCCUGCUCCUCACAGUCAUUGGAGGCUUUACAGGAUGGGUUAAGUUGUAUCGCCCGACUGGGGCUUGGGUGGCUCUCCUCCCCCUCACGGUCGCUCGUCUCGUCGGAAUCCUCGCAAAGACCUACUGCCUCGCCUCGGUCAACGCCUCCGUCUACCAGAUCGCCCGUGGUCUCCUCCUACCGUUCACCCUCUUCCUCUCGCUCCUGGUCCUCCGACCUCGCCCCUACUACCCGCCGCUGUCGCUGGUCGGCUGCGCCAUGGUCAUGGCCGGCUUCGGCACCGGUAUGAUGGCCGACUACAGCCAGAUGCUCACCUCGGGCAAGGGUGUCCUCCUCGGAGUCGGUUCCAGCUUCACCACCGCCGUCGAAUCCGUCGUCGUCAAGCGCUUCCUCGGCAAGAGCCAAGAGGGUAUGUGGCAGAUGGUCUGGAUGUCCAACUGCAUGGCCGUCCUCUUCUACAUCCCUCUGCUGCCCCUCUCUGGUGAGCUCUCCACCAUGAGCUCUCUCUUCUCCGCCGAGACUGCCGACAUUGGCCGCCAGUUCCUCGGUUCAGCUUGUCUUACCGGUGUCUCCGCCUUCCUCCUCACCAUCGCGACCUUUAUGCAGAUCGAGGUCACCAGCCCGACAACCCACAUGAUUGUCACCGCCGCCCGAGGCGUUGCUCAGAGCUCACUCGCCGUCAUGCUCCUCGGUGAGCUCCUAACCGCCGACCGCGCCGGCAGCAUGGCCCUCAUCCUGAGCGGCAGCGCCCUCUACGGAUGGGCCCGCGACCGAUACCAGCAAGCAAAGAAGCCGGCGGCUGGGAGCUACCAGCUUCUCCCCAACGAGGAGGCGCAGACAGGGAUGGAGAGCAAGGAAGCCAAAGAAAUCAAAAACUAAAGCUAAACUAAAGAUACCAAAGACUUUUUCUACAUGUUAUUUUCAUUUCUUGUUUGGUUCGGGAGGGCGGUUUUCAUGAGACAGGUGUUUUGGAUGACAAGACACGGCUUACAUUUUCUUUUCCUUAUACUAUAGACGUAGAUAUCUCAUCAUACAAUUGAGCGUCUUUGUUCGAUACCUUAAA